AUGAAGAUUAGUAAAUAUUUUGUAUUGGUUCAACCAAAUUUGAAGGCUACUUUAAGUAAAAGAGAGAAAUUAAGAGUAAACUUGAUAAGAAUCCUUUUCAGAAGAAAUUCAUUUUCGAACAGGAAGAUGAAGCAAAAAAAUUCUUCUAAAAUGUUUAGUCCUGUUAAAAUAAAGAGGCUUUUGAAUAAUUAGAGAUAUAAUACUAAAUUUCUUAAUAAAUGUUGGGUUAUAAAUUAGAAAUUAAGUCUUAAGAAACAUAUAAUUUAAAUCAAAGUUUCGAAUAAUAAUUACAAAUCGUAAUAAGAAUUAAUAUACUUUUAUUCAUUUUUUAUGGAAGGAAAACUCUUAUGAU